AGACUUCACUCUCCAAACAAAAUUUUAAAAACCGUUUGGUGUGUAAAUGUGCUCAACAUGUUCUUAUAGUUUGUUAGAGGCAAUUUGAGAUCAUUUUUGAUCAAAUGUAAUUUGUUAUUGUUUAUUUCGAGAUGUUAAAUAUGAUGUAUCAUACUUAUUUUGUCAGAAGUUCUAAGAUGGAGAGAUGACAAAUGUCAGCUGUCAGCUCUCAAAUCCUCUUUCAGUGUAAAGGAGGAAUGUUUCUCUCUCUUCCACUCAGUCCAACAGAGGUCGUCGUGUUGGAGGCUAAAAGGGGAAGUGAAACUGAUAUCACUUCCUUUUCUCCUCUCUGCCUAUAAAAAGAUUAAUACAACAACACUCUGGUCAGCUCAACGUUUUCACACCUUCUCCUCUGAGGCUGAUCACUAACAGGACACAUUUCAGGCUGUUCAGUGUAGGAUGUUGGAAGCUGUGGUUGGACUGUUGCUGAUGCUACUCGGAGUCUCUCAUGGUGUGGAAACCUACUGUGAUGGCCGACAGGAUGGAGCUCAGUGUUAUGGAGCUUUGGGAGGAACUGUGGUCCUCCAGCUGAUGGACAACACCUCAGGAAUAUCUAGAUACCAAUGGUCAAUCAAAACAACAACAACAACAACAACAAUAAUAAGGUGGACAAAUAAUAUGAUUGUGAUUAAUGCGAUAGCAAACAGAUCCUCCUUUACUCCCAGUGAUGGAACAUUUAGGAUCAACAACCUGAUCUGGACUGAUGGAGGUGAAUAUGAACUUGAAAUCUUUGAUUCAGAUGGAAAUAUAUCAGAGAAGCGGACUCUACAGUUGACCAUUCAAGCAGCAGGGUACUUGCCGAUAAUGGCUGGUGUACUGUCUGCGUUGGUAAUUCUGUUAGUGUUCGGGGUGGCUGUCGUCUGUGCUCAGAAGAAAAAGCAAAACAACAAACCUAAAGAAAAAGAAGACCAUGAACUAACCUAUGCUGAUGUCAGGACGGUGCAGCAGCCGGUGAGGCAGAUGCAGAAAAAGGCAGAGACGGAGGUGGAGGUGGAGUACGGCCAGGUCAAGUUUCCAGAGCGACCUCAGCAGACUGUUGAACCAGCAUGAGAUGAAUGUGUGUACGUCAAGGUCUGUAACGACAGGUGAUUCACGGCGUUUAGUGUUUUACACAAAGACUGCACUACUGAAGACAGAGAGAGGAGGUGUUUGUGAAGAUGCCCAAAGCUCUUUCACCUUCAUUUAAUGUGAUGUUCAAAAGGACAAAAUAUAGAUGAAUAUUAUUAUUUACCACUUUAUCUUCUGGGAUGAGCGAGCUUCAAAGUAUCAUCAUCAUCAUUUGAAUUACACUGUGACUACAUAGACUAGAAUAUAUCAUCAAAACACAUAUUUUUAAAGUAUUUCCAUAAUUGUUACACUCUCUCUUUGUAUUUACAUUAUGUUCUACUUCUCUGUUUUUACUCGUUUUUAAUUUAUGAGCAUAUUUACUUUUAUUUCAUUGUUAAAACACUGUACAUUUGCCAAAGGCUAACAUUUUAAGAAUAAUGUUAAUGUAACAAUGUAUUUGGUUUUAUUACUCCACAAUGAUUGGCAGACGUGGACACUCUAAAGCACUCUGACAAGCUGUCAUCUGUACGUUUAUGUUCUGUGUUUUAACUUCAUAUCAAAGGGAUAAAGUAGGUCUUUUCUUAGAUUAAUAUAUAUUUAUUAAACAGAUAUGGAUGGAUUAGUUGAGGGUCAGAGUUUCUCAAAUACAAUAGUAUGCUCCUGUGUUGGUAGUGUAGAGAUUUCUUAAAGGUUCUAUGUGGUGUGGAAGUUAAUCUCACAUCGACAGUAAGAUAAGUUUGUAGAGAAAUGUCUUGUGUCUCAGGAAGUUCGCAGUAACAGUAACCACAUAUUUUUUUCCAUAACGUAAACACUUCUGCUUUUUCUUAGGCAUGUGCUUUCAUUCUUUCAAAAUUGGUUUAUCAGUUGCAAGGGGUGAUUUUAAGACCUUACAUCAACCCUGUGUCAGUUAAUGGUGAAAUAUCCCUGUAAUGUAAGAAUAAAUAUGAGUGGCUUGUGUACUUUUAUUCAUACUCUAAGAUAAAAGUUAGUGGGGGGGGGGAUUUGUCUAUUUUAGUAGAUCCAGACAUAGAUAAUAGUAAAUUAUAUCUCAGGAUUGCCUGCAACAGUAGGCUACAUGCAGGUUGCUUAGUGUUUCUUAAUACAGUGAGUUAGCAGUAAAAGGAGAACACCUUCUAAAUGAGGGUGUUUUAGGGAGAAAAUUAACUACGUGUCAGAUUAUCUUUUAGCACCAUCAGGUUUUUUCUAUAUUUAGUUUGACACGUUUCCUCUCUUAGUCGCUUCCAGUUUUAAAGCUUUCACAAGUGUAAUAUAGAUACCUGUAGUAAAACCUUAAACCUUGUGAUGAUUUAAUAAUUGUAAUAAUUCAGGGUUUGAGUAAUUUUAGGGCUCUGACUUUCAAGUCUGGAGAAGAAACCAUUCUACAUUGUGGAUAUCUAUGCUCCCUGUUUAUGGGUAAAUAGAAAGUCGGUUGAACACAGUGCUGACUUGUGAUGUUUCAUGAUCUAAUGUUAACCAGUUAGUCAACUAUCAAAAAGGUUUAUAAUUAAAAACCAAACAUGGCCAUUUGUCUGGAAUUAAAUUGAACUGCAUGCAACUGAGGACCUAAACAGACAAUAAUGCUAAAGAAAAUGUAAGUUCUUAGGUAUUGGCUCUGACCCUACUCUGACUUGGAAAUGAUCAGUGUAUUCUGACCACAGACAUCAUACAGUGCCCAUCAUAUUCCUGUAAGCUGCUCUAUUAAAUAAUCUAAAUAUCCCUGACACUUUGGUUUUCCUGCCUCUUCUCAAAGACCCAAUCUUUUCUAAGUUAACCAUUGUGCAGCUUACAUGCUCCAGCCCAUAGGAGGAAGUGCUCGACUGCACAAGACGUAAUAAUAAAUGGCGAGGGGAGAAACAAAUAGUUCAAUACUGGAAGGCAUCAGCUAGAAUAAGGUCUGUUGGAUUAAGUUAAUGUUUGUUUAAACCUUUGCUUUUCUGAGUUGACUUCAUAACUCUUAGACAUUGGAUAAUUUGCAAAGCAACUCAUAAUGGACAUUUUGGAGUAAUAACUUUUCAUAUUAUCAAAGCUGCUAUUGCAUGUGCUACAGUCUUUUGGUAUAGACUGGGUCAGGAAGUGUACGGUCAAACCUUUGAUCCUCAGGAAGAGCACCCUUCUUGUCUCAGCUCAGUAUCUCCCUCUGAAACUCUUCAAUGAUGUAUGUUGAAGUAGCCUGACACAGUUUAUUUUACUGUUGCUUGAGUUCUAUUUUUUUGUGUUUUGUAACUUCUGUUUCCUAAAAAAAAUCAUCAAUUGUCAUUAUAUGUAAGUUUUGGUUUUAUAGGUAAAGUGACAGCAUGUAAGUUGUUUAUUUGCUGUGUAUUUAAUCAAAGACAGAGGUUACAUGCUUGGUUUGGUUUGAUAUCUUGAGGUUAAAGAUCCACCAAUACCAUUCAGCUGAUGCACAGCUAUAAAUAUGUGUUUAUGGUUCAUGAUAGUUGUAAAACAAACAACCAUUUUGUUAGUUGAACCCUCUUGUUGAAACACAGUUGACCUUCUGACUGACAUAAUCUACUGAGCAAAUAAUUAACAACACAGGAGAAGUGUAAUAAAACUGCUCCAACAAUCCAGUAUCCUUUUUGCCAUUUCAGUCAGUCAAUACUACUUUGAUCAUUUUAAUAAUUGUAUAAGUAUUAAAUUGUUUAGUAUUGUUGCAGCUAAAAUGUGUAACAUGGGGAAUCAUGUGGCACCUUAGCUCUUGACAGGUAUUUUUUUUCCUUAUAAAAAGCAGGUGAUAUUGUCAUUGUCUGUGUCAUGUGAUGUUAUACUGCCAUGCCAAAUGUAUUUAUUUAUAAAACCAAGACUGGUGCCAAUUCUUCAAUCCUGGGCACGUCAGUUUUUGACUGAAUAUAUAAUUUGGGGUUACUUAUAAUUUAAUUUAAAGAAUGUGUCAGCAACUAUUUGUAAAUAAAGUAAAUUUAAAGUAAAGUUUGAUUAUUCAGUAUAUGUAUGUAUCCUGUAAUGUGGACUUUAUUGUUGUAUGAUUCAAUAACAAAUUACGGUACAAACAGAGGUCAUUAAAUUCAUGUUUUACAGUAAUUAAGUAAUUUUGUGGGCUGGUAAAGCUUUAGACCAUUGGUACACUUCCUCAUUGGCAGCAUGAACUUAUCAAGAAGCUUUUCACUGUGGUAAUGUUUCAGACAGUUGUGGUUCAGGGAAAGCAGCAGAUAGACCCACAGCUUGUGACUGUGCUCAGUGCUAAUGAACAGA